GAGUCGCACGAUCAAUCACGAACAAAGACGAUGGCUACCAAAGACAACAAGGGUGUGCAAAGCCAAGACGCCUACGCGCUGGUGCACGCCUACAUUGCUCGCCAUCACCCCGCGGCUGCUGCAUCGCUUCCAGCCCCCGAGCUUGCCCUUACAAGCUCGGCGCCGCUUCCGGAAAGCUUGCUCGAAAGCGCCGCUAAAGAAGCAAGAUCGAAGGGGUUCUUUUCCGCGCAAGACGACGACGAUGGUGAUGAUGACAGCGACAGCGACAGCGAAAGUGGGAGUGACAUCGACUCUUCCUCUUCCUCUUCGUCCUCGGAGAGUGACGAAGACGACGAGGACAAGCAGCAGGAGAGGGAUUUGGCUUCGACAGUCCGCUCGAGCUCGGGAAGUGACAGCGGCAAGAGUGUUGAGCAGAAGGCGGAGCUCAUGACGGCCAGUCAGCCGCCCGCGUCGACCAGCCACGCAAAUGCUGCAGAUGCCGAAGAUGAGUCGUCAGACUCGAGCUCGGUUUCUAGCGAUGACGAGAGCUCUUCCUCGGGCUCGUCAUCGUCGGAGGAGGCGGAAGAUGAGCCGGCCACCAAAGCUGAGAGCAGCGGUAGCAGCAGCAGCAGCAGUAGCGACGACGAUGACAGCAGUGACAGCGACAGCAGUGAUGAAUCUUCAGAUGACAGCGAAAGUGAGGACAGCAGUGACAGCGAUAGCGAUAGCGACAGCGACAGCAGUAGCAGCAGCAGCAGCUCUUCAUCCUCAAGUUCAAGCUCCAGCUCCAGCUCCAGUUCCAGCUCCAGCAGUUCCGAAUCGAGCUCUUCUGACUCGUCUUCGAGCGACAGUGACGAUGAGGACGAGAGUUCAGAUGAGACUGCCCCUACGCUCGGCAAACGCAAGGCACCCGACAAUGAUGUCCCCUCACCGAGCGUGAGCAAGAGACCGCGAGCAUCAAGCCAGUUCGAGGAGACGAUGGACAUCGACAGCCAAAGAGCUUCAACGACGCCCUCGACGGCACCCUCGGUUGUCGAGGCCAAGAAGAAGGGCCGUGCCUCGGCAGGCGGCACACCAUUUCAGCGUGUCAAGUCGGACCAGAUUCAAUUUGCCGAUGAGAGCCUGCGGGACAACAGCUACCAAGCCCACAUGCAGAGGAAAGGCUACGCCGAUUGGGGCUCAAAGGCCAGCGACAAGCUCCUGCCCACUCGGGGCCAGGGCUUCACCAAGGCCAAGAACAAGCUCAAGAAGGGUGCUUACUCGGGAGGCACGAUUGGCAUGGAGAGCAACUCGUUCAAGUUCACCUACGAUGACGAAUAGACGUUUUGUAGAAACCUGCGCUCUUUCUUUGUCCCCUUCAUUCACCCGCACGCGUCCGGUCUCCUUGUUCCACCUCCGUAUUAUAUAUCCUCGGGUCGUCGAUCGCCCGAUGCUACAAUACAGAUAGAAUGUAGUCUGCAAGCAUCAUACUGUACAUACAUGCGUUUCUCCCUCUGCCGCUACUUGUUGUCAAUGCCAAAGGCGGCUUUGAGAUGCUGUGG